GUUUGCAUCCUGUAGGGAUACCAGCUAAAGAAAAAAAAACAUUGCAAAAUAAUAAAAGAUGGCCGGACAAGACGUUAUGCGGUUCACCAUUGGAGUGGUUUGCGUGGUGGCAGUCAUUUUGUCCCUGGCCGAAGUCACGGAAGCUAACUACAAGAAUGCUCCUAUGAACGGCAUCAUGUUCGGCAAAAGAGGUCCCACUGGAAACUUGGAAUACGACACAAGAGGAAGAACUUUUACCGCUUUGUGUGAGAUUGCUACAGAGGCUUGCCAAACCUGGUUCCCAUCACCAGAAAACAAAUGAACUGGCGUUUAAUGUAAGAUGACCCAACGACAAUACCAGCGACUGGCCGUGGACGACUGAGCAACCGAAUCUAAAUGUAUUCAUUUGAUUGUACAGGCACUGGUAAAAUAAUGUAAUGUUCUGGCUAAUAAACGUAUAAAAAUA